AUGCAAGGGACUGUCCUACGACCAGGAGGGCAGGCCCACAGACACCACAAGCUUGGGAGAGUUGUUCAGAGGAGCGGAAAUCGGCCACAAGCAAUAGGGAGAGUAUAUGCAUUGACCGAAGCUGAGGCAGCUAGUGCAGGUAACCUUAUUGUUAGCAGUUGCUUAUUGUUUGGAGCUUCUUGUGUGGCUUUAUUUCAUUCGGGGGUGACACAUUCAUUUGUGUCGGAGUCUUGUAUGGAGAGGUUGGGUUUGGUAGUCAAAGAGCUUCAGUGCGAUCUGGUGGUAUCUACACCAGCAGCAGGAUUAGUCAGGACAUAUAAUGUGUGCUCCAGAUGUGCUAUUGAAGUAGAGGGGUGCAGGUUCAGAGUGAACCUUAUUUGCUUACCUCUGCAAGGGCUAGAAGUAAUUCUGGGAAUGGAUUGGUUAGCAGCCAAUCGUAUUUUCUUAGAUUGUGGUGGUAAGAAGCUAAUAUUUCUCGAUGAAGAUGAAGACAUGUUGUUGUCACUCGGGUUGUUGAGACAAGACAUCUUUGAGGGUUAUAGUUGUUUCUUAAUCCUGUUUCACAUGGAAGGGGCCCAAGAAUUAAACCCUUUAACGCAUUGGAACCAGAGUGUAGAUCUUCUGGUUGUGAAUGACUUCUUAGAUGUAUUCCCUGAGGAAGUUUCGGGUCUACCUCCUCUGCGAGAGGUAGAGUUCUCUAUUGAUCUGGUGUCAGGGGUAGGGCCAGUGUCUAUAGCUCCGUAUCAAAUGUCUCCGGCAGAAUUAGCAGAGCUGAAGAAACAUAUAGAAGAACUGCUAGAGAAAUAG